CAUUGCUGUAUCAAAGUGGGGUGCGUUCACUACGCAGACGGAUUCAGAGCCUGCCGCCCCCUGUGUCGGUGUGCUGAAGGAGAGGGUGUUCAGAGGGAACACGCUGCGCUGCCUGAACACAGCUGCAGAGCAGGGAACGCUGGGUGGCAACAUUCUCUCGUCUUUCCCUCUGUGAUCCCUUCGUCAUGGGGAAGGAGAAGAUCCACAUUAACAUCGUUGUGAUCGGCCAUGUGGAUUCUGGGAAGUCCACCACCACUGGCCACCUCAUCUAUAAGUGCGGGGGCAUCGACAAGAGAACCAUCGAGAAAUUCGAGAAGGAGGCUGCAGAGAUGGGGAAAGGCUCCUUUAAAUACGCCUGGGUUCUGGACAAGCUGAAGGCCGAGCGAGAGAGAGGCAUCACCAUAGACAUCUCCCUCUGGAAAUUUGAGACUUCUAAAUACUACAUCACCAUCAUCGAUGCUCCAGGACACAGAGAUUUCAUCAAGAACAUGAUCACUGGGACCUCCCAGGCAGACUGUGCCGUUCUGAUCGUGGCAGCUGGUGUGGGCGAGUUUGAAGCUGGCAUCUCCAAGAACGGGCAGACCCGUGAGCACGCCCUGCUGGCCUACACGCUGGGCGUCAAGCAGCUGAUCGUAGCUGUCAAUAAGAUGGACUCCACGGAGCCUCCCUACAGCGAAAAGCGCUAUGACGAGAUAGUGAAGGAGGUCAGCGCUUACAUCAAGAAGAUCGGCUACAGCCCGGCCGCCGUGCCCUUCGUGCCCAUUUCGGGAUGGCAUGGGGACAACAUGCUGGAGCCUUCCUCUAAUAUGCCGUGGUUUAAAGGCUGGAAGCUGGACAGGAAGGAACAUCAUGCCACUGGAAUCAGUCUGCUGGAGGCUCUGGACACUAUCAUGCCCCCCACACGGCCCACUGACAAACCUUUACGUCUUCCCCUCCAGGAUGUCUACAAGAUUGGAGGCAUCGGGACAGUGCCUGUGGGAAGGGUGGAGACUGGCAUCCUGCGACCCGGCAUGGUGGUGACCUUCGCUCCAGUCAACAUUACCACGGAGGUGAAGUCUGUGGAGAUGCACCAUGAGUCUCUGAGCGAAGCGCUGCCGGGUGAUAACGUGGGCUUCAACGUGAAGAACGUGUCUGUGAAGGACAUCCGCAGGGGGAACGUGUGUGGGGACAGCAGGUCAGACCCACCCCAGGAGGCCUCAGGCUUCACAGCACAGGUAAUCAUUCUGAAUCACCCAGGUCAGAUCAGCGCUGGCUACUCUCCUGUCAUCGACUGCCACACGGCUCACAUCGCUUGCAAGUUCGCUGAGCUGAAAGAGAAGAUUGACCGUCGCUCAGGCAAGAAGCUGGAGGACAACCCCAAGACUCUGAAGUCUGGAGAUGCUGCUAUUGUGGAAAUGGUCCCAGGCAAACCCAUGUGUGUGGAGAGCUUUUCUCAGUACCCUCCUCUGGGACGCUUUGCUGUCCGGGAUAUGAGACAGACCGUCGCCGUUGGGGUCAUCAAGAACGUGGAAAAGAAGGUCGGCGGGAGCGGCAAAAUCACCAAAUCGGCGCAGAAAGCUCAGAAAGCAGGCAAAUGAACCUGAGCCUCCAGUUCGCCCUUAUAGCCCGGACCCCGUCCUGCUCCUACACAACUAAAAACCCCCUCUGUCUACCUGGGCAUGCUCAGCCCGUCCUCUUGCAGCUCAAACUCAUUCUGCAUCGCUGAUUGGAUGAAGGUCAACUGAGUGUGAAGGACAGAGAACGUCUGUCGAAGGGUUUUGCCACGGCCUUGUUGCAAUUUAUUCAUUUUUACUGUACUGCUCAGGCUGCAGCUUAUAUGUAUUCACAUCAUAUCAAUAUAAUAUGUAGGAGGUUUGAUUUUGAGGUACCGGAACCUUAAAAUAAAUGAAGAUGGUGUCCAUGAGCUACGCAGUGUGAGUGGACAAACAUCUGUUUGGUAAGACUGUUCUAAUGACUGAAAUGUUUGAGAGAAAUAAAACGUUGUUUAUUUUAUAUUGCUUAUAAUUUCCUGUUGUUUACAAAGAGCCAUUACACAACAUAAUUAAUUCAUGCUUGGUGCGUACUUGUCCUUACUAUAAGAGGGGACUUUGUGACCCUGAGGCUUAAAUGAUUCAUGAAUAAACAUGUUGCUGAAUGUG